ACGUGACGCGGUGCCACGGUGGGCGCCGUCGGCGCGCGAUUGGCCGGCAUCGCGAUACAGAUCCCCCGUUCGGCGUCGCCCGAACAAAGAGACGAGGCUACCCCGUCCGUGGUCGCGAGCGCUGCCAUUAGAAAGUCGUCGGUAGUCGAUGAGUGCGGAAGCUCCGCGAGUCGGAUCAAAGAGCGAGAGGGAGAGAGAUAAAAAGAGCCCUGGUCCAUUAGUUCGGACGUCGCGAGAAAGUUUAUUGGCCAGUAUCCGCCGGGACUCGGCGAGAGAAAAAGAGAGAAGGAGACAGGCACGCAGAGUAGAAGGACAGCGAACCGAUCGGCUCCCACCUGAUCCGUCGAUACAUCGGACCGUCCACAAGUCUCAGGUCGGCCGCGAAUCGUCAUAGGACCGAUCCGGUGCGAAACGGAGCGUGACGGGAAACGACGUGCGUUCUGCCCGCGGACGACGGUGAGGGACUCGCGUCGCGAGAACGAGUCGACGAGGCGAACUCGCGGAGUGGUGAGAAACGACGCUCGCGUUCGGGAGCCCGAUCCCCCGCGUACAUCUGCAAUUGUGCGCCGGGUUGCAUCCUCGUCGGACAGAGCGAGGAUCCUCGAGGGACGCUCCGGCGGUUAGCCUGUCGCGCUGGAGGGUCGACGACGCACGACGAGCGCUGUAGAGUGCUACGCAGCGACGUGGCGACGACGCCAUUUUGUGGUGACUGCCGUGCGCUUCUUUCGGCAUCAGCGCCGCCGAGCCUACUCAUCGCCGCGCCGUGACCCGUGACACGCGCGUAUCUCCGAUCGCGUUCGUCAAUAAGUGUAGAACGACGUGGAGCGCCUCUUUGGCCUCCGGAGCCUUGGAUCGGCGACGAAGAGCGAGAGAGAAGAGUGUUCGUGUAUUUGAGCAAGUGCGUCAUCGGCGUGACUCCCAUUCGCGCACCGUUAAUCUCACCGCGGUAGAGAGAGGGAGAGAGAGAGAGAGAGAGAGGACGGGAGAGUUCCAUUCGAUUUUCAUCAUCGUCGACGCCAUCGCCCUGGGUCACUACCGACCAUGAGACUGGAAAUUGUGUCGGCGGCGGAUUUUCUGGUGCACCUGCUGCGCCUGCAGGCGGGUCAGCUGUCGGAACGGCAACUGGAGAUGUUCAAAUCAUCGCUGACGGAGGUGUUGCGCCAUCGUUAUCGGGAUCACUGGUUUCCAGAUCGGCCGAAUCGCGGCUCCGGCUAUCGUUGUAUACGCAUCAACGGUAAAAUGGAUCCGGUGAUCGCGCAGGCCGGCGCGAACGUCGGCCUGCUGCCUACCGUCCUGCACAGCCUGUUCCCCAGCGAGCUCACCAUGUGGAUCGACCCGUCGGAGGUGUCAUACAGGAUCGGCGAGAACGGUUCCAUCUGCGUGUUGUACGAGCGCACCGAGCCCGAGACUCCGGAAGAAAUCUGCCAGCUGCACCAGCAUCAUCAGCAUCAACAGCAGCAGCAGCAUCAUCAUCAUCAUCAUCAUCAUCAUCAGCAACAUCAUCAGCACCAGCACCACCACUCGCAGCAGCAGCAGCAGCAAUCGCCAACCCUGCCGCCGCCACCGCCGCCGCUGCAGCAACAGCAGCAGCAGCAGCAACAACAAUUCGAGAGCUGCAAGGAUUCCCUGUUGCUGGAGCACACGCAGUUCAGCGAGCAAAUCGCCGCGUACGUCUCAAGCUGAAUCGCCGGGCUCGCCGCCGCGCUCGCGUCCACGCUCUCGAAAUGAUCUACCAAGCGCACGUGCAUCUCGUGAUAUGUGAUAUCCCGUGUGUCGCGUCGGACCGAGCAGGUCCACGCGCUCGACCCUUCGUGGACUCCCAACGUGCGUGCGUGCAUCCCCCUCCUUGCGCUUAAUCUACCUUCUUCUCUCCCUUUUUCUUUUCUUUCCAUUUCUUUUCCUUUUCCUUCCCUUCUCCUUUCCUUUCUCGGUGCGCCAAGAGUCUCUCGAGCGAAGAGUCGAUCCUCCAUCGCCGUUUUCUCCUCUUCUCUCUCCUCCCUCCUCUCUCUCUUUCUCUCUC